UCUCUCUCUCUCUCUCUCUCUCUCCCUCUGGAGUCCCCACCCAUCAUCCCAUUCAUAAAACUGAUGGCAAGGGAUGGCUCACUAAAUAACUAGUCCUUGCUUUGCAUUUGCUGCUAUACAGAAACGAACUCAUCAGAGAAAAGAAAUAAUAGAGUGGAGUGGAGAAAGGAGAAGUGGAAGGAAGGAGGGUUGGUUCGUUCUCUAAGUCUAUAAAUAACUUCUCUUCUAUCCAAAAGCAAACCCCACUACACUCUGUGCAUCUCUCUUUCUAGAGAGGAUAGAAAGCGGGCAAGGACAGCCUCCAGCUAGAAUUGCUCUCCUUUUCUGUCCUCAGCCUUCUUCACCUCAUCUCCCCUUCUCCACUUUCCCAUCUUACCGGCGAAGGCAGGAGGAGCCAAGAGGUAGCUGCACUGGAGCGGCCGGAGAAGAUGGGUCGAGGAAAGAUCGAGAUCAAGAGGAUAGAGAACACGACCAACCGGCAGGUGACCUUCUGCAAGCGCCGCAACGGCCUGCUCAAAAAGGCCUACGAGUUGUCCGUGCUCUGCGACGCGGAGGUCGCCCUCAUCGUCUUCUCGAGCCGCGGCCGCCUCUACGAAUACGCCAACAACAGUGUGAAAGCUACCAUCGAGAGGUAUAAAAGAGCAUGCACUGAUACCUCCAACUCUGGAUCUGUUUCUGAAGCUGAUUCUCAGUAUUAUCAACAAGAGUCAACCAAACUGCGUCAGCAAAUAAUCAGCCUUCAGAAUUCGAACAGGAAUUUGAUGGGAGAGUCUCUUGGCUCUAUGAGCCCUAGGGACCUGAAGCAACUGGAGGGUAGGUUGGAAAAGGGCAUAAACAAAAUAAGGACAAAAAAGAAUGAGUUGCUAUUUGCUGAAAUUGAAUACAUGCAGAAAAGGGAGGUGGAGCUGCAAAAUGCCAACAUGUAUCUAAGGAACAAGAUUGCUGAGAAUGAGAGAGCACAGCAACAGAUGAAUAUGUUACCCCAGACAACUGAAUAUGAGGUCAUGGCUCCGUACGAUUCAAGGAACUUCCUUCAAGUGAAUCUCAUGCAAAGCAAUCAGCAUUACUCUCAUCAGCAGCAGACGACUCUCCAACUAGGAUGAGACCACGAAUGAUCCAUGUUUGGUGGUUCUGCAAUGUGAAGACUGUAGGUGUAGAGUUGGAAUGCUUGGAGUGUAGUUUAUGGCAGAUCAUGUUGAGAAAACUAAAUAGAGGAUAUGGGUGAAGAUUUCCUGAGAGGGGAGCCUGUCCUCCAAAAUUGACUCAUAUGACUAUUGUUUGUAGACUGCUAUAUAUAAACAUUUUCACUUAGUUUUAUGCUCUAACUGUAUGCUUUACCACUUCAAAUUGCAACAUAAAUGACUGUUUUUUUUCUUAUUUGUCGUGGUCGUCAAAGAUAAUGUUAU